AUGCAGAGGCCGAAGAAACUAGAACAUUGCGAAAAUUGCGGUGUUAAGGAUCAUCCAAGUUUGCGUGGGACUCCGUUAGCUAUGCUGGCGGCACAAUGUAAUAAACUGUCUAGCAAAUCACCGCCACCGUUGGCUGAUGCUGCUGUCGGUAAAGGUUUUCACCCAUGGAAGAAAAGUCCCAUUUCUCCAACAAGUGGUGGUGGUGGAAAUAGUGGUUCAGCUGGUUCACUCUCUAAUACAGGACAACAUUCACCAUGCGCCAUAUCAUCAGCUUCAUCGUCAGCCUCUUCAGGCAGUGGUUUGGGUAUUGGUGGUUCUUCGACUUCAGCUUCAUCACGUGGCUUACCCUCUAGCACUAUCAACACAAUGGUUAAUAUUACAGCAAGCAUUUAUCCUUACAGUCGCCCGUUAUCAUCGUCCUGUGCCGCAGUUAGCAGCCCAACAGGCUAUGGCAGUGAUCUGUAUUUUCCAAACACAGGAUCAGCAACUGGCGGAAUGGUAGCUGACAACCACCAUAUGCAUCAAGGAUUGUUAGGAAAAGUAGAGGGUGCCACAUUUGGUUCCGUCUACUCACGUCACCCAUACGAUUGGCCAUUUAAUGCAGUGACAGCUUCAGCACAUAAAGCCGCUGAAGCGGCUAGUGUAAAUACGGGUUGGUGGGAUAUGCAUAGUGCUGCUGGUAGUUGGCUCGAUAUGGGUGGUGCCGGCAUGCAUUCAACUAUGGCAAACUAUGCUACAGCUGGUUCUGAUUACUCCACAGCACUAUCUCACUCAUUAUCAAAUACUGCACAUUUACUCGGUUCUGGUCAACACUUACUGCAAGAUACUUACAAAAGCAUGUUGCCAGGUCAAGGAGUAGGUGGUUUUUCACUACCACAUAGUUCUCCUUCAGCAGUCUCUUCAGCCACCUCGCCACAAGGUGGCAGUGGAACAACGCCAUCACCACGUUCACAACGUCGUUAUGCUGGUCGCGCCACUUGCGAUUGUCCAAACUGUCAAGAAGCAGAGCGUUUAGGACCCGCUGGUGUGCACUUGCGCAAAAAGAAUAUACACUCGUGUCACAUACCUGGUUGCGGUAAAGUGUAUGGUAAAACGUCACAUUUAAAGGCACAUUUACGAUGGCAUACGGGAGAACGUCCAUUUGUGUGCAAUUGGCUAUUUUGCGGUAAGCGUUUCACACGCUCAGAUGAGCUACAACGCCAUUUACGCACACACACAGGUGAAAAGCGUUUCGCAUGUCCCAUUUGCAAUAAGCGCUUUAUGCGUAGUGAUCAUUUAGCUAAACAUGUGAAAACUCAUAAUGGCACAAAUGGCAGUACUGGCAUUAAGAAAGGUUCCUCUGAAUCAUGCAGUGAUUCAGAAGAAACUGCAAACCAAUCAAAUGAGUCUAAUGGUAUUGGUAGUAGUGUUGGGCAAGCAAAUAAUGGUGGAAGUCAUCCAGGUACACCGACUUCUCAUCAAUCAGGUGGACAAUCUACUACACCAACUGGUGGUGUGUUAAAUAGUGGGUUGCAUAUGUCAUCGCCACAUCACAUGUCAAGUGGUUCUCCAGUAAUGCUACAUCAGCAACAACAGCAUCAUCAACAGCAACAUCAGGCACAGCAGCAACAUCAACAGCACCAACAACAAUCACAUCCACAUGCACAUUUACAUCAUCAUCAUCACCAUCAUUUGGUAGGCAGUUCAGCACCCAGUCCUGGUUUGGAUCAUCACAGCACUUUAGUAGAUAUUAAACCUCCGAUGGUUUGAGGUUCACUUGGACCCUUUCUGUUUACUAACUAAACAGAGCAGGGUUCCAUUAAACAAAGCAACAGAGCUGCAACAAGUGUUGGGAAAUGGUCAACACUUAAUGUAAACUACAUAAUUUAUUGGUUAUUGUUUUUAUUUGUAAUUUUAAAAAUAUUAUCCAUAAGGUAUUAUUGAAUUUUUAUUUAUAAUUAAGAUUCUGUAAAAUAACUAGUUCAACUUUAAUAAUAAAAUUUUUAUAUGUGUUUAAAUAUUAAAGCUGCUUUACUAAAAAAUAUUGUAAAUACGAGCUACGAUUUUCGGAAAAGUUCACUUAAAUUUCAUGUAAAAAUGGCAAAAAUUUUAAUUAUAAUUAAAAAGGAAUAUUUAAAAUAAUGUAAAUAGUUUAAUUAAAAAUUUACAUGAACAAUUUGAUUAGUUUUUCUAGUUUAAGAAAACCAAAUUUGCUUAGAAAUCUAGCUGAGCCCCUCGCUUAUGAUUAUCUACACGUCUCCCUAAAAUGAUCAAUAAAAAUAUCUUAUCGCUACAUAAAUUUAAUGUAAUUUUAAUUAAGAUGAAAAUAGUGUUGAUAUUUUCUAGUCGAAUUAUUUAAAGUUAUUUAAAACA